CAGGCGGUAUAUGGUACUCUGUUUGAAGCUGAGCACCGAUCAACGUUCUAUAUUCCUUAUUGGAAGCUUCCUCUAGCAAGGUGGUUAGUUCCCCGUCAAAGAAAAUUCCAGAAUGACCUUAAGGUCAUAAAUGACUGUCUAGAUGGUCUCAUAAAACUUGCAAAAGAGACCAGACAGGAAACUGAUGUUGAAAAACUGCAGCAGAGGGACUACCUAGACCUUAAGGAUGCAAGUGUGUUGCGUUUUUUAGUUGAUAUGAGGGGUGUGGAUGUGGAUGAUCGUCAGCUACGAGAUGAUUUAAUGACAAUGCUUAUUGCUGGCCAUGAAACAACUGCAGCUGUGCUUACCUGGGCUGUUUUUCUCCUAGCACAAAAUCCAUCCAAAAUGAAGAAAGCCCAGGCGGAAAUUGACAUUGUACUUGGACAGGGAAGAACCACCACCUUUGAAUCACUCAAAAAGUUGGAGUACUUGCGGCUUAUUGUUGUGGAAGCGUUGCGUUUGUAUCCACAGCCUCCAUUGCUUAUUAGGCGUUCCCUUAGACCAGAUAAAUUACCAGGAGGAUACAGCGGUGACAAGGAUGGAUAUGAAAUUCCAGCUGGUACUGAUGUAUUUAUUUCGGUAUAUAAUCUCCAUAGGUCACCAUACUUUUGGGACAAACCAGACAAGUUUGAACCUGAGAGGUUUCAAGUUCGAAGAGAAAGUGAAGGAAUUGAGGGGUGGGCUGGGUUUGAUCCAUGUAGGAGCCCAGGAGCAUUAUACCCAAAUGAGAUUAUGUCAGACUUUGCUUUCUUGCCUUUUGGUGGUGGACCAAGAAAAUGUGUAGGUGACCAGUUCGCCCUCAUGGAGUCAACCAUAGCAUUAGCAAUGCUGCUUCAGAAGUUCGACAUAGAGUUGAGUGGAUCACCAGAGUCGGUGGAGCUCGUCACAGGUGCAACCAUUCAUACAAAAAAUGGGUUAUGGUGCAAACUGAAAAAGAGGUCGUCCGGUAUGUAGUUUGGAGUCGUUUAUACCUUCUGGCUCCUGAAGAGAAGACUUUUGUGUUGUUUUUUUAACCGAACAAACAGCCUUUUAUUAGAUUAAUAAGUCAUUUGCCACAUGGUAUGAGAUUGCACUCCGAUAUAAAAUUAUAAGUACUACUAUGAUAUGAGAUUGCAACAUGCGCUCUAGCCUCUAGCUAAUGCUCUAACUUUUGUGUUGUUAAAGCCCGCAUAGACGGCAUAGAUCAGGCUUGAGGUUUAAUUAAUAUUAA